AUGUCCUCAUUCCCCUCCAGGCCUUUGGUGCAGCCGAGGGAUGACGGGCUGCAACUGAAGUAUUGCAUUUCUCCUCCCAAUCUGUUAUUCUCUUUGCUUACAUUCUCUAGUUACCAACUGCCCCAGCGUGUCCAUUCGGCGAAAGCAUAUCCAGUCCUUGCACCCAACGGCUCGUCUAUCAUAAUCUAUGGCUAUGAAAAUGGCGUGAAAGUGAUCUGGAGGGGCGGUAGGCGCUUUUCAACGCAGAAAUUGUCCACCCAGAAAGUCGACAAGACCUCAGUCAAGGUUAACGGGAGCAAUGAUGACGCGGUCAUGAUUAUCGAUUCCGACGAGGAGAGCACGGCAGAGACCCCAAAGGAAGACGCGCCUACAUACGAUUUCGAGGAAGAUGAGGCGGAGAUUGACGCGGCUCAUCCCUAUGAAGAUGUUCUUCGCCAGAUCGACAUACCUCUCGGUAGCAGGGUUCUUGAACUGGCUGUGCCUCACAUUCUACCCGAGGCUGCUCGCUCAUCCCUCGAUUCGUUUCCCCCUGUUUUGAAACAACAGAUGGUCAUUUCUGCUGUAUGCGCUGAUUAUUCGACACGCGUUGUGACUCUCCCCUUGGCCCCUCCCCACCCUACUCAAAGAGACCUUGCCUCCUGGCAGGUACAAAUUCUCUCUAUUUCUGGCGGAGUGACGCAUCAGGAAGUUCCGAGGGGGGUUAGUAUCACUUUUACUUGCCAGGAAAUCGAGGCUACUGAGGAUGUCAAUAUGUCACCAAGCAAGUCGGUCUACCGCGAUGGCGAAAGUUGGGACCUCCUGGUGGCGACUCAUUCCGCAGAAGCAUCCGGGUUGCUUUUGAUCCAUCGAAUUCCUGUUGUGGAAGAAAACAACCGUGGCAACAUCGAGUAUUGUUUGUACGAUGAUAUCGUAUCUAGACGACUUUAUUUGCCGGCGCCAGCGAAUAACAUCUCCUUCAAUCCCUCUGGGUAUCCCUCCCCUCGCCAUUCGACCUUGCUAGUUUCAUUCCACAACGGAUGCGUCAAGAUCUAUUCCUGCUUUUCCAAAAAGCGGGCAAGAGCGUCGCGCAGGACCUCGGGUGCUCAGAAUGACCUUGGAGAUUCGGAGACGGAAGGCAAGUGGCUAAUCACUCUUUACACUGGCUUUGAACAACCAUCCUCUGGAUUGGCGCGGCGGAAAACCAUCAUCGACGCGGAGUGGGUGCUAGGUGGGCGCGCUGUCAUGGUCCUUAUGGCUGACAGUGAGUGGGGCGUGUGGGACAUCGAGGGAGCAGGGCCAGGGAGUCUGAAGGGGCCUCUUCAACGCCAGUCAAGCGUGCAGGGGGUGUCUGGCGGUUCACUGACUGCGUUUUCGGUCAGUGGCCGAAUUCUGAAUCCGUUGACAAGGGUCAGCAAGGCAGACAGCAAUGGAUCUGCUGUCGAGUCACGGCCUAAAUUUGCACCCAUGACUCCUUCGACCAAACGCCUUCGAGAGGAUACUCUUCUGAAAGGCUCAGCGAGUGCAUCUGCUCCGUCUCUAUGCGGGGAGAUCUCGGUCUACCAGACAAACACUGUGAGAGACCCGCUGCCGGACGAGUCAAUCUUCCUCCGGCACGGCAGUCAAAGCGCAAUGAUCCCCAGUCUGCUAUCCCUUUGGCGAAACGCCAUCAAGGCCAGUGGCACGUUUGAUGCGUCGAACCGCUGCAGGGUUUCCACCAUUCAAGAUGUGCAUCUAAUGGGCGAGAAGUUUACUAGCAUCGGUCAUCUUCCCGCGGCUACUCGCCGUUCCCGGGCCACGGAGAGCCAGAGCUUUGACAUUCUGAUCACCGCAGAGCACCGCAUCAUUAUCCUUGCUCCGCGGUUGUCCGAACCAGAGGAAACGCCGGUGUCUCGACAAUCUGUCAGUGAAGCAACAACCACGGUGGCUGAUCAGCUCAUGCUCCGCAGAGGAGAACUAGAUGUGGACGGAAUGGAUCGUCUUUUGAGUGAUAUGGCCAGCGGCAACCGAUCUCUCCGGAUGGGAAGUCCUACCAAACGAACACGCAUUUUCACCUGA